UGUUGAACCCCGAAAAUAUGUCGGGUACCGGAGAGGAGUGGCAGGUGGCCCGGCGACGAAAAGGCGCGGCGCGGAAAUCCAAAUCACUCCAGGUGUCUUCAGUUUCAACACGCUGCCAGGAGCCGCUGGACAUCGGGAAAACUGUCAAACGGAUCAGAGACACAGUGUCUGAGCUAAGAUGUGAGGAGUUUUGGCAAGAGUGGAAAGAGCAGCUGCUGGUGGCAGGAUCAGCAUCCCUCUCAAAACCUCCAGAGAAUAAGGACACCGAGGAUCCCACUGACCAGCUGGAGAGGGGCAGAGAAGACGGACUGCGUCAACAGCUGGAGUGUGUGUGUUAUGGCCUUGGCUCCUUUUCCUCCUGCGCCUCAGCUCGCUACCAGCUUGCCAUGUUGCUGCUGCUGCUGGAUGCAGGACAGAUUCCACUUAAGGACUGUUCUGUUUAUGACCCUGCGUUCUCCACUGGAGAGCGGGACGCUUUGGGAGAGCUAGGUCUGACUGUACUCACAGAAAAUGAGGAGGGGAAGCGCCUGGCAACUAAGCCCACACUCUUUUACCUGAUGCAUUGUGGGAAAGCCCUGUACAACAACCUUCUGUGGAAGAACUGGAGUACACGAUGUCUCCCUCUGAUGAUAAUCAUUGGAAACAGCUUCAGUGGCAUGUGGGACAGGACGAUCGAGAGAGAGUUCAAGCGGGACUACAGCUACAUUAGUCAGGCUGUGGAUGUGUGUGAGGAGAGACAGCUGCCCUGUCCAUCCCGUCUGAUAGACAUCUUCAGUGAUACAUCAGUCAUCACAUUUCCUACCAGCAGCCUUAACAGACUCCCACAGUCCACUUGGGCAGAGCCACCUGAGCCACAGUACCAACAUUGCCCUGAUUUGGAGAUUAUACUGAGGGAAACACAGAGCUGAGUCAGGAGAUGGAUAAUACUGGACUUUUUUUUUAUUUUUAUUGUUGCUAUUGAUAUCACCAGUUUUAAAUAAAUGAACCAUGCUCCAUAUUAAGAGUUGACUCUUGCACAACUGAGCCACUAUCCCAUUUCAUGGGAGAGGAAAACAUUAUUUUACCAUCUUGGAUUCAUUAAUCCAUACUGGCUCUAACGGCAAUAAGUAAUUACUUUCAUAGAAUUGGGAAGAUUUGUUAAGGAUUUAUUUGUCUAGUGUUUAAUUGGUCAUACAAGUUUUAUUCCAGUUUCAAUCCCAUUUACCAUCAGUUGUAUAUACAUUAAAGCCGGCCAUUUUUAAUAUAUUUUUUUCAGUUAGUACAACAUGAAAAAUCAGCUUGCAGAAGCUUUAAAUUUGUGUGAGUUAGAUGAUACAGCAUAGGUAAUGCAUCACUGAAAAAAUCUUCUCCACAUUGUUUUGGGGUUUUUUUUUUUUUUUGUUUUUGGGGGGGGGGGUUAAAGUAAUGCAUAUUUAACAUGCAGAGCUCCAAAAACCGAUAUUUAAGCGUCAGCAGC